AUGGCUGUGGUUGAUCCACGGUUACGCGUUUAUGGUAUUCAGAACCUGCGUGUGGUCGAUGCGUCAAUCAUGCCAAAAGUGGUGAAUGGCAAUACCAAUGCCCCUGCAAUUAUGAUUGCAGAGAAAGCGGUUGAGAUGAUUAAUCAGGACCAAGCCAGUGUGGCGUUUAUUGAAAAGAAAGACAAACUUGAUCUUCUAAAGAAGCAAGCAUAUGGCCUGUUUCUUCAAAGUUAUAGUGCCAAGAAAGUGCUUCGCGAAGAAUAUGCGGUGUUUGACCACCUUUUUCACAUGCACGAUCAAAGUAAUCAUUUAAUGCAUCACGAUACAUUGGGUGAGCACAGUUGUUGA